CCACCAACAGAGUUCAUGUCCUGGUCAUUUCCAAACCCGGAGGUGGGUGGUGAACAGGGUGGAGCCCGGGGGAGAAAAAAACCAGAGCUGCAGGACGCUUGGGUGCACAGCCGGGUCCCCAGAGAUGUCUCUGAAACCGCUGCUCUCGCUGCUGCCACUGCUGCUGACUGUGGAGCUGGCCAGCACCAAGCUGAUCCGGUACCGGGGACCCCGCCGCCCCACGUCUGGGAGAUUCCCUCACUCUUGCCCUUCAGGGUCCCUCUCCACCGAGUUCACACUACGCACAGGACCCUGAGCCCACCAAAGGGAUGCCGAAAGCCAGAGCCCCUCCAUUUGGAGGCCUCAUUCCCUAGGGACAAGCCCAUCUUCGUGCCCCUCUCCAACUACAUGAAUGCCCAGUAUUAUGGGGAAAUUGGGCUGGGGACGCCACCACAAAACUUCACUGUCGUCUUCGACACGGGCUCCUCCAACCUCUGGGUGCCAUCCACAAGAUGCCACCUCUUCAGUGUGCCCUGCUGGUUCCACCACCGCUUCAACUCCAAAGCCUCCAGCUCCUUCCAGGCCAAUGGGACCAAGUUUGCUAUUCAGUAUGGAACUGGGCGGCUAAAUGGCAUCCUGAGUGAAGACAAGCUGACCAUUGGGGGAAUCGAUGGUACAUCAGUCAUUUUUGGGGAGGCUCUGUGGGAGCCCAGCCUGGUCUUCACUUUUGCCCACUUCGACGGGAUACUGGGACUCGGUUUUCCUGCUUUGGCCGUAAAAGCAGUUCGGCCCCCGCUAGAUGUACUGGUGGACCAGGGGCUACUGGAUAAGCCUGUCUUUUCCUUUUACCUGAACAGGGACCAGGAAACAGCUGAAGGAGGAGAACUGGUCCUGGGUGGCUCAGACCCAGCACACUACAUCCCACCCCUCACCUACAUGCCAGUCACAACCCCUGCCUACUGGCAGAUCCACAUGGAGAGUGUGAAGGUGGGCACAGAGCUGACUCUUUGUGCCCAGGGUUGUGCUGCCAUCCUGGACACAGGCACAUCCCUCAUCACAGGACCCACUGGGGAGAUCCAGGCCCUGCAUGCAGCCAUCGGGGCAAUCCCCCUGGUGAUGGGGCAGUACCUCCUGAAGUGCUCGGAAAUCCCAACGCUGCCCACAGUCUCCUUCCUCCUUGGAGGCGUCUGGUUUAACCUCACAGCUCAGGAAUACAUCCUCCAGAUUGUUCGCGGUGGUGUCCGCCUCUGCUUGUCCGGCUUCCAGGCCCUAGACAUGCCUCCGCCUGCAGGACCCUUCUGGAUUCUCGGCGAUGUCUUCCUGGGGACCUACGUGGCCGUCUUCGACCGCGGGAACAGGAAAGGCAGUGCCCAAGUGGGACUGGCUCGCUCUCGUUCCCGGGCAGCUGGAGGACAAGGGGAUGAAUCUGCGCAGGCGCAAUUUCCAAGUCGGCGCCUUCCUUAGGCGCAUGCGCAUGGGGUGACAGCGGAGGCUCAAGCUACUCAGUAAAAACCCACUAUUUUCACUGAA